CAGUCUGCCUCCAGCAGAGAGCAGUGCUUGCUUGGAUGUGAGCGUCACCGACCUGUCUCGACUUCCAGAUCGAAGAUGGCGGUCUCGGUGUUCCCCGGCGUGCGGCUCCUCUCCAUUGGAGACGCGAAUGGAGACAUACAGCGACACUCAGAGCAGCAACCCCUGCGGUUAGAAGUCAAAACCUCACAAGAUGCUGCCCUCAUCAAUCUCUCCAAUGGAGAGGAGGCGAGUGUGUUCAAGUGUUCGGUUUCCAGGGAGACAGAGUGCAGCCGCGUGGGGAAGCAGUCGUUCAUCAUCACACUGGGCUGCAACAGCGUCCUGCUGCAGUUCUCCUCACCUGCAGACUUUCAGUCCUUUUAUAAUCUCCUGAAGAACUGUCGUGGGCAUCUUGGUGAGCGCUCAGUCUUCAGUGACAGAACAGAGGAGUCCUCUGCUGUACAGUACUUCCAGUUUUAUGGCUACCUCUCCCAGCAACAGAACAUGAUGCAGGACUACGUUCGGACAGGGACUUACCAACGGGCUAUUCUCCAAAACCACAGCGACUUCAAGGACAAGGUUGUGCUGGAUGUUGGUUGUGGCUCGGGGAUCCUCUCUUUCUUUGCAGCUCAAGCUGGAGCCAGGAAGGUCUACGCUGUGGAGGCCAGCACCAUGGCACAGCACGCCGAGGUGCUGGUGAACAGUAACCGUUUAGGGGAGCGUGUGGUCGUCAUCCCGGGGAAGGUGGAGGAGGUGACGCUGCCGGAGCAGGUUGACAUCAUCAUCUCAGAGCCAAUGGGCUACAUGUUGUUCAAUGAGCGCAUGCUGGAGAGCUACCUGCAUGCCAAGAAGUUCCUCAAACCCAAUGGUAAAAUGUUCCCCACUAUCGGUGACGUGCACCUGGCCCCCUUCACAGACGAGCAGCUCUACAUGGAGCAGUUCACCAAGGCCAACUUCUGGUACCAGCCCUCCUUCCACGGUGUAGACCUCUCUUCCCUGCGGGGGGCAGCUGUGGACGAGUACUUCCGCCAGCCGAUCGUGGACACGUUUGAUAUCCGUAUUCUGAUGGCCAAGUCGGUCAAAUACACAGUCAACUUCCUGGAGGCCAAAGAAGAGGAUCUUUACAGGAUAGAGAUUCCCUUUAAGUUCCACAUGAUGCACUCUGGCCUGGUCCACGGCCUCGCUUUCUGGUUUGAUGUGGCAUUCAUGGGAUCAGUGAUGACAGUAUGGCUGUCCACGGCACCCACAGAGCCGCUCACCCACUGGUACCAGGUGCGCUGUCUGCUGCAGUCUCCCCUCUUCACCAAGGCUGGGGACACUCUGUCCGGCACUGCACUGUUGGUGGCCAACAAAAGACAAAGCUAUGACAUCAGUAUUGUUGCCCAGGUGGACCAGACAGGAUCAAAGUCCAGCAAUCUCCUGGACUUGAAGAACCCCUUUUUCAGGUACACAGGCACCUCCCCCAACCCUCCUCCUGGCUCACACUACACCUCCCCAUCUGAGAAUAUGUGGAACACGGGGGCAGCCUACAGCAUGAGUCAGGGGAUGGCUGUAUCAGGGAUGCCUGCAGCUUAUGACCUCAGUACAGUCAUUGGCAGUGGCCCGGCAGUGUCUCACAACAACCUCAUCCCUCUAGUGAACACGGGGAUUGUAAACCACACCCACUCCAGGAUGGGCUCCAUCAUGAGCACAGGAAUUGUCCAGGGAGCCACCACGGGUCAGUCGGGCCCCAGCAGCAGCGGUACUUACUAUCCCGUCACCAACCAGUUCACCAUGGGGGGCGCUGCCAUCUCCAUGGCCUCACCUAUGGUCAUCCCCAGCAACACCAUGCAUUAUGGCAGUUAAGACGAGGACUUUGCCAAGACCUCUUCGACCUCCCAGUCCCUGCAUGACAAGAGACCCCUCCCCCCUCCCCCCUCCCCCUCCCAGUGGAGCCCCCCUCAGUCCGCCACCCAUCCACCCUUCAGCCCUGACUGAUCCACCAAUCCGCAGCCAAAACCAAUAUACCAAAACCAGUGCUGUUCCGGCACUUCCUCCCCUUGUUCGUCACCCACAUCCUUCUCCGUUCAGUCCAUCACUUUAUGAACGAUAUGAACAGUCAAACGCUCUCAUAUCCGUCCAGACUCUUGUCUUGCUAACAGAUGAAACCUCCUUUUCCUUUUCUCCUUGGAUUCAUCGGGACUGCAACACAUGCACAGCUGAGAUGCACAGCAGUUAUCAUCGACCCCCUCCCUGGGUUUUCACCUUCCCGCCGUCCCAAUCCCUCCAACCCCUCUUCUUUUUUUAACAUCAUGAUUCCCCCAAAGUGUUUCCCCAAACCCCCUUUUUCCCUAAGAACCGACUUAUUGCCAGAUACCAGCAUCAGUCCGUUCCCAAAAUUCCCCACACUUCUAGGACACUAUUAUUAUCAUCAACACUCAUCUCUGAGCGACCAUCUGGGCUUUUCAUAUCGGACACAAUCUUCAAAAGCCUCUCCGCACUUCUCUCAAGAGACUGACUCAAGCCAGACUGAAUGGUUCAUUUUAAAGUAUCAGUUCACACAAAUCACAAAACACAUUUUCCCUCUUUGCUCCGUGUAGAUUGUUUGUUUUUAGGCAGAGGCAGAUAUAUCAGAGAACUGAAGCUGUCUACAUACCUGAGGAGGAGGGUCAAAGCUCCUCCCAUCACCCCAAUCUGUGGUUGUACUUAAAAGCAGUGGUGUUGAUGCAUUCCACUAAGGUUCACAUUUACAUCAGGGUUUUGGGAGAACGCUGGUCACCUUCCAUGAUUAGUGAGGAGAUAAAUCAUCUGUUGUCUGCAGGAGAAAAUCAAAACAAUGAGAUGAAAGAAGCUACAAGACUCGGUUAAAGUGAGGGAGUUACUGUAAAAAUAUUGAUUAGUGCUGCUUUAAAUGUAUUUGUACACCCACACCUGUGAUGUGGUUAUCCUAGCUUAGCUGGAAACCUGGUCUCUCCCUGUGUCUAUCCAAAAAAUCCAAAGCUGUCGUAGUUUGUAUCUUCAUACAUAACACGUUGAAAUGAAACUUUUCGGAGCAGUUGUGUUGGGAGUCUUUUUCUUCAGCAGCAGCAGCUGGAUGCAGGGUCUGCACGCAGCUUCUCAAAAGGUCCUGUCCUCAUGCAUGUUGUGGGGUUGCCAGGUUUGAGCACCGUCCAAAGUGAACUAAAAGCCAGGUGACACUUUUUAUCGUCUCUUGCAACCAAUUUAAAAAAAAUGACUUCCUGGAAAUAAUAUUUUGUCUGAUUUGUCUGACAGAGCUCGGCUAUCUCUAUAUAUAUCUCUGUAGUAGACACACUGAAACCUAAUUAAUGUGUCUUUUAGUCACCGAAAGGAGCAUAUUUUCUAAAAUGGUGGAAGUCGGGUUAAGGCCUCAGAAUGAUUCAAAUGUGUUGUAAGAUGAAAUUUAAAGGGAAAAGUGUUUUUAGCUGUUCUGAAUGGCCACACUGGUCACAGCCUCCUCGUGGCUGUGUCCCACUGUCUCUGUGGUCUCCCGACAGACUCUGUCUUUCUAGUCUCAUUGCAAUGAAUUGCACAACGCCGUCAGUCCCCUGGUUGUACACAAAAUCUCACAGUAGUAGCUGUGUGAAUAAUGAAGAAUGCGACCUUGAGAUAGAAGCUCAAACCCUGCUCUCCAUGGAAGAUGACCAGUGGGACACUCUCCCAGACACCUGUUGUCUUUGUUCAUGCUCGAACACUUUAGUCCUAUAAACCUGAAACGAGCCGUCUGCUGCUCCCAUCACCCGCCCUCGUUUUUAGCUGAGAGGACGUCGCAGCUUCUCCUCCCCGGCCAGGUUACUUCAGCUGCUGGAGGAAGAAGAUUUAACAAACCCGUUAAGGACCAAUAAACCCAGGCGGCAGCCCGCUGGCUGCUGGAGCGAGGAGAGCUGAGCUGUACUGGCAGCGUCCUACUUCACAUCCUUGCUUCCUUCCCUCGCUUUUCCUCCCGGCCUCCUUUGAGACUGUGAGACUGUCGCAAAGAGACUUCAUCGUCGAGGCGUGGGAGAGCGGGCCUGUCCACCCACCUCCCUCCUCGUCUGUUCACUAUAUAUGACCGCCAGCAUAUCAUACCCCCACCCAUCACACCCGACGCCCUUGUCCCCUUUUAUUAGUCAAGGAGAGAAAGACUGACACAUGUAUGCAUUGCUUCCAGUGUCACAACUACUGGACUCGGUUUAUUUGGAAUUUAUGAGUUAGCAAAUUUUAAGAGCUGAGAAAAAAUGUCUCUUUGUAGGAUUAACCUUUUUUGUUGUCUUUAUUUUGUUUUGUUUUUUUUCUGUCACAAAAAACAACAAUUAAAAAAAGAGAGCAAAUUAAAUGUGGUGGAGAUGUUCCAAACCCAUCCUGGA